CAAAAACUCCACUGUAACUAAACCACAGCAGUUUUCAACUUCCUCAUGGUCCAAGACGAUCAGAAAAGUUCAGGAAGAAAUUUGUCAAAGGAAAAAAGGAAUGAAGCUCAGAUUUCCAUAGAAGACGAAGUGGGGUAUGUCGGCUGCUGCACUGAAGAGGAUUUGACUUUCUGACUUAUCAGAACAUAUAGCAUUGUAGUAAUUUCAGUAGCCCAUACUUUCUUCAUGAGUAGUGCCAAGUAUGGGAAAAGGGUGAUAAAAGAACCUGUGGGACUUGCAACUGGUGGAGGGGAUAUAGACCUUCCAUUCCUGUUCACAACCACCGAUGUGUUCGAAAUCAUUGUGAUAGUGCAAAACUGAUGAAGUGCAAGAGUGGGGUGCAAGGAAUCAAAGAACUUUCAGAUGAAGGGACUCCUGUCGAAUUUGUGGAUGGAGAUGGAGAUACAACGAUGCUUGCACAUAUCAAAUCGGACUUAAAUAUGACAUUGAAAAAACGAUAUGAUCGCAACCAUAUUGUGAAAAAUAUUGGAAAAAACUUGUAUGCAUUGAACCAAAUCCCCACGAGUGUAAUACAACACACACAGAUGUGUAUCAAAUACGUACUUGCAAAGAGCCAAGGUAACAAGACAGGAAUGGAAGAAAACCUGAGAGUGAUAAUCCCACAGCAGUUUGAAGACCAACAAUGCUGAACUACUUGCCGAUCUAGGUUCAGCCAGCAAUGUGAACACGAUAACCGUGAAGUAACACUCCGAGCACCAAAAUCCUUGCACUAUGGAAAUUCGGAAUCCCUGGAUUUUCGUGUAGCAGCAACAGCAACCUUCAUCAACGAAGGAAGAGAGUACAUAGCUCAGCCAUAUGACAUUAAAGGAAUGGAGGUUCCGGAAUAGUCCAUAAGGAAGCUGGUAUAUCCCCAUGAAAGUUUACAACGGCAUACACGGAUCAGCGAAUGGGACACACGAAAAGAAUUCAGGAGAAAUCGUGUCUACCAAGAGACGGCGUUUGGUACUGAAGCAAGAGCGAGUGGUUACUAAAGGUGCACAGGAGGCAUUGGAGGGAGCUUCAUACGAGUCUGGCAUUAGACUUUCUGAGGAUACUGAUGUGCAACAUUUACCAGAAGCUGUGCCGAAUGGAAAUUUCAAACCUGUGCAUGUUGAGGGCGAUGUUACAUUCAUAGCUUUUGAUUUAGAGACAACUGAUUUAGUGCGUGGGGAACUAUCCACAUGUCACUUAGGUUGCAGCAUCAGUUGUGGGGUCUGCAAAGGAAUUUUCUCUUUAUGUAUACCCUAAGGUUCCCAUCGCAUGCGGUGUACAGGAGAUUACAGGAAUAAUCUACAAUAAUAAUGGAAGAAUGACAGUCCACGGUCAUCAGGUUCAUGCAGAAAAUCCGAAAACUGCCAUUGACAAGUUAUGUUUGUGGUUAAAAAACACACUACUGUAUAUUUCAUUGCACACAAUGGACGGAAAUUUGACUUUUCUGUGUUAAUGAAUGCACUGAUGAACAUAAAAUGUGAAACUCGAUUUAUGGACUGUGUCAAAGGGUAUAUUGACAGUAUUUAUAUUUUUAAGAAAGCGUCCCUCGCCCAUUCAACGUACAAGCAGGGGGCUUAGGCAGAAUUUUUUUUACAUACAACAUAUGAAAGAAAACUCUAGAGGAAAUUGUCCCAAAAUUUUGUCAAUUUUUCUCUUGAUAGCUAUAACUUUAUGAUUUUAUGACAUGUAUUGGUCUAUGUUCCAUUGAAAGUUCAUCACAGUGAAAGUCAACAAUCAGAAAAUGUCAUUGUUAUAUUCAAGUUCCAAGACACAUUUAGGGUCAAACUUCAGUAAGCGGAUUUGUAAUCCUUGAAGUUGGUGGAAAAGCAUUUUAGCCAAAUGAAUUAUAGAUGCAUGUAUUGCAUUUAGAAUUAUUUAUGUAUUUUUCUAAGUCGAGGACAUUUUUCAUAAAGUUAUAAGUGUUAUCAGUCAGUAGUAUUAAGUAAUAAUUUCAAGUUCAAGUGUGCCAUGAUGAAUUUUAACUGGUCAACAAAUUUGCAUACAUAAUUUUUAUGUAGCUGUAUAUUUUUUAAGGUCAUAUAUAUUUGUAUAGUUCUUGAAUUUUAUCUAUGUGCUUUAAAGCCGAAAAUUUUCAGUAUAUAUUAAUGUAAUUUGAUGAUUGCAUAUUAGUAUUAAUGGGAUAUAAUUUCUUUUUCGAUUACACAUUUUUUAUUCCGAAUUUGUUUAGCAAAUUACUAUUCUUUUCAAGGUCAAAAGUUCAAGGACUUUGUUUAAAAGGUGUGUGUGUCAUUUAACAAACACAAACUGCAGUAUGGUACGCCAUUGUCAAACAAAUAAAGGGGUGCACGCGGUGAGAUGGAUUCCUAUUAUAAUUGAACUCCAGUAAUGGAUUGGUUAUCCAAUUAUUUGACCACGCUUUACCAGAGGGAUAGGUUGGUCAAUGAGCACCCCCUAUAUGAAAUGGCAUGUGCAGUGAGCAUCUCAUAACUAAAUUCGGUGAGAAUACUAAGAUCAUAUCACUGCUGGCCUACACAUCAGGUGAAAUGGCGUCUCUGUGCCUUCUCUCGGUGCUGUGCAUUAUUGUGCUGUUCUGUUCAGCUGAUGCAGCACAGCAGUAUCAGGUGGUGUCAGCUUGUCCAUGGAACGAAAACAGUUGGAAAAUGGAAUCGAACAGGAAGAAUUGCCAGGAACCUACCCCAGACUAUUUGUGUGCAGCCAUGGAAAAUUGGAUUGGACAUUUCGGAGAAAUAUGUACUAAAUAUGGAUUGUCGCCUGCUAAAAAAUGUCCAGUGCUAAACAACCUGACCUACAAUUUGGACUUUGUUGAUUGUAAAGCUCCGUCCAACUGUCCAGAUAUACCGUACAGUCCUGGGGAAUUGUGGAAAUAUCAGAUUUGCUAUGGAGAUUUUUAUAGAACGACAUCUACUCCUGCUAUCACCACCAUGAAACAAAUGACGACUACCCCUCCAUUGCCAUUGACUAAGGCAAAUGAAGAAUUAUUUUUAAAACUAAAUAAAACACAAUUAGAGAGACCAGAUGAUUGUGAUUCAGGUGGAGCAGCAGUAGCAGUAUUGGUGAUAGUGGUUUUGAUAUUGAUUGCGGUUAUAGUGGUUUUAUGUAUGUACAUAAGAAACCAGUGGGGGUUCAAGGAUAAAGUAAAAGGUUGGAGAAGUCGUCUUCCAUUUGGUAGAGGUGACGAAAGCACAGGUACGUGUAAUGAAGAUGUGGAAGCAGGUCCAACUGCAUCUGAGUCCCUUUUGCAAUCAGGUGAAGAAAGAGCUGAAGAAACACAAAAUAAUGAAGACCUCCCGAUGUCCAGUGAAGUUAAAAAGGACAAAUCAAAGAAGACAGAUGAUGCCGUCGUCACGGAAAACAAAAUAGAGAAGCUUAAAACUUUGCAAAAGUACCUGGUUCACAUCCUGAAGAAGGAGAUAUCCGUCACGGAUUUAAAAGAGAAGUCAAUCAUCCAUUCAAAAUCCCUUACAGAACAUUUCACAGAGCCACUUCUGAAGGAUCUCCAGAGUGUAAAAACAAGCAAUGAUUACAGUAAACUGGACAUGUCCUUGGUGUUUGUAUUGCUUAGGAAUUUCUGUCCUGACCUAAAAUCACCAACCAAAGGAUGGGAUUAUGAACUUCCGGACACUGAGGUGACAGUUGGUGCAGACAUUGAAAGAAUACGUCAAAUGUGGAACAAAUACUGCGACAAUAACUGUGAAUUUAAAAAUAUAGAUGAUGUUUACCAAAGAAUGGAAAUAACAUAUGGUGCAUUAGCAGCUGAAGCGUCAUCAGAUGAGAAGGAAGGUUUUGAUGAGGUAGAGGACAAAGUACAGAGUAUAAAGCUGAAUCCAGAUUGUGUCGUCGAAGAUGGCAUCGUGAUAACAGAGGGGGUAAAGACGGCUUUACAGCUUCUAACUACAAAGAACGUGGCGAUAUAUAGAGGGGCCAUUGGAUGUGGUAAAACACAUGCUUUAAGAGCAAUUCAGAAGAAAUAUAAAGACAAAGGAUGGAAGUUAAAAUGGAUGGAAGAAAAUCUACCAGAAGAAAUUUAUAAUGAGAAAACAUUGGUAGUUUGUGACAAUUUGUUUGGCAGCUUAGGAUGUAAUACAUUCUCAUCAAAGGAACUUUUGAAAAUUGAAAAAUUUCUGGAGAAAAUUUCCGAAAAUCAGCAAGGGAACAUUAAAGUUGUUGUUGGAAUUCAUCAGCAUGUAUUGGAUGAAGUCAAGAAAAAUCACCAAUUGAGAUUUCUGCAAAGGAGAAAUAUUACAGUUGACAUAGACAAGCAGUCAGAGGCAGAAAUACUAUUAAUUUUCAAAGAACAGCAGAAAAGGGGUCAUUGCCAAAAGGAUCCAAACUGCUGGUUCAGAAAUGUUGACUUUGCAUCAGUGAGUGCUAAACUCUCCCUAAACGAAGGCAAUAUUGGCAGUCCUUUUCUGAGCUGGAUGUACUGCUUCCAUCAUGAACUGUUUUCUGAUGGUGAAGCUUUCAGCAAAACCCCUCUUGAGAACUUGUUAAUACGCUUUCAGAAAAUGAAGAUUGAUUCAAGCAAACUUUACCAUAGUCUUGUUUAUAUAAUGUGUGUUCGCAAACACAGGUAUGAAAAUCAAUUGGAGAGCUUUGCGGGAGAGAUUCAGGCAGAGUUAACAAAGGAUUCUUUAGAGAACGUUAUCAGAACCACGCCUGGUUAUUUUCAAGAGGAGAACAACACUGUGACAAUGGCGCAUGAAGUUUUAACCAUAGCUUUAUUCAAGGCUGUGGCCAAAGUAGAGGAAGAUCUUAGACCUGUCUAUCAGCACUGUGAAAUAGAAACAAUACUUCAGUUGAUGAGACCCGCUGAUGAACUUCAAAGUGAAUUUGCUGAUGGAUUCGAUUAUCCACAACAAAAUACUCGUGCUAGAGCUUUAAGCAAGAUGUUGGUGAAGAGAUGUAUAGUAGUUGACAGGGAUGGGAAAAAAUGGAUCAGUGUUGAUCAUCCUCUGAACAAGCACAGACUGUUUACUGAGAAAUACCAAAAAUAUUCAAAAAAUAAGUAAACAAAAAACAUGCUGCCAACAUUGCAUUAAAUAAAAGUAUAUCAGUGAAUACUAGGUCCAGUAAAAUAUUGGCUGUAAUAUACGUGAAAUACUGGUACUUGUACGGUGUUGAUUGUACUUUACUGUGAAGUUGCAUGAUAUGUGCAAUAUUGACUGUACUGUGAAGUAUAUAUGAUGUAUUCGUGUUCAACUGAUGUACCAAUAUAUGUAUGUGGAUUCUUAUCCAUGUUAUCUACAAAUUGAUAUUUUCUGCUAGAUAAGGUUCAGGUUUGGUGUAUUGAAAUUAUUGCGGAAGUGUACAUACUCGCCACUCUUUUACCGGUUGCAAUUCCAUAUAAUUUUCAGUUCUUCAGGUUUAAUCAAGAACUACUUAAAUUGAUCUAGCUAUCUUUAUGAUUUCUGGUUUGUAUAUAUAAUGUACAUGCAGUGUAUAUACAUGUAUGUAACAUGUAUUUGUUCUAAUCAUAUAACAGUAUUUACACUACAUUGCUACACAUAUCAUUUAGUGUAUUGCUAAAACGUAGAACGGAAUGUUGAGACUUAAUAUGAUUAAUGUAGCUAAGAUAACACCAAAAAUCAGGAAGAUAUGCUUUAUUUUGAUUAAACUCGAAAUUUAA